UCGGAUCGAGGUUUCUCUCCCUCACUGGCGCAUCUCUUCCCCGUCGUCCCCACUGUGCCACUCGCACCGCCAAAUCAUCGAAGCAUAUCUGCGCUCCGUCUCUCUCGCUCGCUGGUCUGAGGAGCCGGAGACGACCACGUACGUGUUAAGGUCUUUAAGAGUCAAAGAAAAAGGCAGGUCUUCACAAAAAGCCAUAUCGCUGAAAAGAAGAGGAGAAUAGAGAGAAAGAAAGAGAGUCGCGUUGAUACACCGCCGAAUCCUUCCCAGAGAACAAAAUCUCGUCGCCCGAUUCCUUCCGCCCCCUUUGCGUGAUUCGUACGGUUUAUCACCGCCUUUCUCCUUCUCUCUCUCAGUCCAUCUAGUUAAUAGGGAUUCUCUCCUCGCCCUACCCCUCCAGUGUUUGCUUCGAGGAGAAGUCUUCGGCGUUGAGGGGAGCUGGAGAUGGGGGGCGAGCCCACAUUGCCCGGGCCGGCGGGCGCAGCGGCCGCCCUCGCCAACGGCGGCGGCGAUCCGGCCUCCUAUUGGUUCGACGCCUGCGAGGACGACGGCCUCUGCGGCAUCGACUUCGCCGACUUCGAUCCCUCUGCCCUCCCCUCCUUGGACCACGUGGACGAGGAUGGAUUCCUCGGCGAGAUCGAUCGCAUCCUCGACAGCAUCAACGGCGACCACAACGCCGCCCCGCUCCCGCCGCCGGUGGAGGUCAUCAUGGAAAGCACCAUCACCGCGGGAGCCGCAGAGAUCGUCGCCAAACCGGCGGCGGAGAACGGUUUUGGCGGCGAUGAGGCUAAGGAGCGCCGGGAAACUGUGGAUGAGAAGGUCGCAGAGAGGGACGGAAGCGUUGCGAAUGGUGGGUGGAGGUACAAUAGCAGAAAGGAUAGGGUCUGUGAGCGGGCUGAUGACAGGGCUUAUCGGCGUGACCGGUAUAGGGAAUCUCCGGGACGGCGGCGUUCCCGCCACUGGGACGAGGUUGAUCGGAGGAGGAGGGACGGGGAGUGGGGUAGAAAGAGGGAGCGGGAUGCCGGUGGAGAGUGGAGGGAGAGCAGGGAUAGAGAGUGGAGGGAGAGGGAGAGUAGAGGGUAUUGGGAACGGGAUAAGUCAGGGAAGGUUGUGUUCCGGGUUGGGUCAUGGGAGGCGGAGACCAACAGGGAGGCAAAGAAGGCCAAGCUGGAUAUUACCGACCAGGUUAGGAGCCCCGAAAAGAGACCUCAAGAGAAGAGGGAGAAGUCGACUGAAGAACAAGCACGCCAAUACCAGCUUGAUGUUCUUGAGCAAGCCAAGAAGAAAAACACGAUAGCCUUUUUGGAGACGGGUGCAGGCAAGACGCUGAUUGCGGUAAUGCUCAUCCAAAGUGUCUGCACCGAGAUGCUCAAACAUAAUAAGAAAAUGUUAGCUGUAUUUCUGGUGCCAAAAGUUCCUCUCGUAUAUCAGCAAGCUGAAGUUAUUCGCGAAAGGACAGGGUAUAAAGUUGGACAUUACUGUGGAGAGACUGGUCAAGAUUUCUGGGAUGCAAGAAGGUGGCAGCGUGAAUUUGAGUCUAAGCAGGUACUAGUUAUGACAGCUCAAAUUUUGUUGAACAUUCUCAGGCACAGUAUAAUUAAAAUGGAAUCAAUUCAUCUUUUAAUUUUGGAUGAGUGCCAUCAUGCUGUGAAAAAACACCCGUAUUCUUUGGUAAUGUCUGAGUUCUAUCAUACAACUCCGAAGGAUAAAAGACCAGCUGUUUUUGGUAUGACGGCUUCUCCUGUCAACUUAAAGGGAGUUUCUAGUCAGGAGGACUGUGCCAUCAAGAUUCGGAAUCUUGAAAGCAAAUUAGAUUCCAUUGUGUGUACAGUGAAGGACCGAAGAGAGUUGGAGAAACAUGUUCCAAUGCCCUUGGAAAUCGUUGUGCAGUAUGAUAAAGCAGCUGUUUUAUGGUCUCUUCAUGAGCAAAUAAAGCAAAUGGAAGUUGAAGUUGAACAAGCUGCUCAUUCUAGCUCUAGAAAAAGCAAAUGGCAGUUUAUGGGAGCCAGAGAUGCUGGGUCCAAAGAUGAACUGCGCUUGGUUUAUGGUGUUUCUGAGAGAACAGAAAGUGAUGGUGCUGCUAAUUUGAUUCAGAAGUUGCGGGCUAUAAAUUAUGCUUUAGGUGAACUUGGACAGUGGUGUGCUUACAAGGUUGCACAUUCCUUUUUGACAGCGUUGCAGAAUGAUGAAAGGGCAAAUUAUCAGCUUGAUGUCAAAUUUCAAGAAUCAUACCUGAAGAAAGUUGUCGCUCUACUGCAAUGCCAGCUGUCUGAAGGGGCUGUCAAUGAUGGUGGUAAAAAUGGUGCUGAUGUGCACAGCUUUGAUGCUCAAAGUGUAGAGGAAAUUGAGGAGGGGGAGUUGCCUAACAGUCAUGCUGUCUCCGGUGGUGAGCAUGUAGAUGUCAUAAUAGGUGCUGCUGUGGCAGAUGGAAAGGUUACUCCCAAGGUUCAGGCAUUGAUUAAGAUACUUCUUAAGUAUCAGCAUACUGAGGACUUCCAUGCAAUCAUUUUUGUUGAGCGUGUUGUUGCUGCCUUAGUUCUUCCGAAGGUCUUCUCAGAGCUCCCAUCGCUAAGCUUCAUUAAGUGUGCAAGUCUCAUAGGACACAACAAUAACCAGGAAAUGCGUACAAGCCAAAUGCAAGACACCAUUGCUCAAUUCCGUGAUGGCCGGAUUACUUUGUUAGUUGCCACAAGUGUUGCUGAGGAAGGACUUGAUAUCAGGCAGUGUAAUGUUGUCAUUCGUUUUGACCUUGCAAAAACAGUUUUAGCCUAUAUCCAAUCUCGAGGUCGUGCCAGAAAGCCUGGAUCUGACUACAUUUUGAUGCUUGAAAGAGGGAAUCUGUCACACGAAACUUUCUUAAGAAAUGCUCGGAAUAGUGAGGAGACACUGAGAAAAGAAGCUAUAGAGCGAACGGAUCUUAGUCAUCUCAAGGAUAUUCAACGAUUAUCUACCACAGAUACUUUACCUGGCUCUGUGUACCAGGUGCAAUCAACUGGUGCAAUUGUCAGCUUGAAUUCUGCAGUUGGACUCAUUCACUUCUACUGUUCACAAUUGCCGAGUGACAGAUAUUCAAUACUUCGGCCUGAAUUUAUUAUGCAAAGACAUGAAAGGCCAGGAGGGUCAACUGAGUAUUCAUGCAAGCUUCAACUGCCUUGCAAUGCACCAUUUCAACAGCUUGAGGGUCCUUUAUGCUGUUCAAUGCGCAUAGCGCAGCAGGCUGUUUGUUUAGCAGCAUGCAAGAAGUUACAUGAGAUGGGAGCAUUCACAGACAUGCUUUUGCCAGACAAGGGAAGCGGAGAGGAAGGGGAAAAGGUUGAGCAGAAUGAUGAAGGAGAUCCUCUCCCGGGAACAGCACGGCAUAGAGAGUUCUAUCCUGAAGGCGUGGCAUCUAUUCUCCGGGGUGAAUGGAUAUUAUCUGGUAGUGAAGGUUGCAACAGUUCGGAAUUUCACGAGUUGCAUAUGUAUGCAGUAAAUUGUGUCAAUGUUGGAACUUCCAAGGAUCCAUUCCUUACACAAGUUUCAUGUUUUGCUAUACUUUUUGGAAAUGAGCUGGAUGCAGAGGUUUUAUCGAUGACGAUGGAUCUCUUUGUUGCUAGAACAAUGAUAACAAAGGCAUCUCUCGUCUUCCGGGGAACCAUAAUGAUCACAGAAACUCAACUGGUUUCACUAAAGAGCUUUCACGUCAGACUUAUGAGCAUUGUUCUUGAUAUUGAUGUUGAUCCUUUGACUACUCCUUGGGAUCCUGCAAAGGCGUAUCUCUUUAUCCCUGUGGUGGCUGAGAAAUGUCAUGAUCCUUUGAAACAGAUCGACUGGUGUUUAGUUGAGAAGAUAGUGGAGACUGAUGCAUGGAAUAAUCCUCUUCAGAGGGCACGUCCAGAUGUUUAUCUUGGUACUAAUGAGAGAACCCUAGGUGGUGAUAGGAGGGAAUAUGGAUUUGGGAAAUUACGACAUGGCAUGGCAUUUGGUCACAAAGCUCACCCUACAUAUGGAAUAAGAGGGGCUAUUGCUCAGUUUGAUGUUGUGAAGGCUUCUGGAUUGCUUCCCAGUCGAGAAUCAAUUGAACCCAUAGAUUUUAUUUACCACUGUGAAGGAAAACUGUUUUUGGCAGAUUCUUGGAUUGAUGUGAAGGAUCUUGUAGGGAGGAUCGUAACUGCUGCGCAUUCAGGGAAAAGAUUCUAUGUGGAUUCUGUCCGCUAUGACAUGAAUGCUGAGAAUUCCUUUCCAAGAAAGGAGGGCUACCUUGGGCCAUUGGAGUACAGUUCCUAUGCUGACUACUACAGACAGAAGUAUGGGGUGGACUUGAUGUACAAGAGACAACCUCUUAUAAGAGGACGUGGAGUUUCGUACUGCAAAAAUCUUCUCUCCCCUAGAUUCGAGCAUUCUGAGGAAGUUGAAAAUGAAGAGAAUUUAGACAAAACAUACUAUGUAUAUCUACCUCCUGAACUAUGCCUUAUUCAUCCACUUCCGGGUGCUCUUGUUCGUGGCGCACAGAGGUUACCCUCAAUAAUGAGAAGAGUAGAAAGUAUGCUUCUGGCUGUUCAGCUGAAAGAUAUGAUCAGAUAUCCUGUUCCUGCAACUAAGAUAUUAGAAGCUUUAACAGCUGCUUCAUGUCAGGAGACCUUCUGCUACGAAAGGGCAGAACUACUUGGUGAUGCAUACCUAAAGUGGGUUGUCAGUAUCUUUCUUUUCCUCAAAUACCCCCAAAAACAUGAAGGUCAGCUAACAAGGAUGAGGCAACAAAUGGUUAGCAACAUGGUUCUGUACCAGUAUGCACUUAAUAAGGGACUUCAGUCCUAUAUCCAGGCUGACCGAUUUGCUCCAUCUAGAUGGGCCGCGCCUGGUGUGCUUCCUGUUUUUGAUGAGGACAGCAAGGAAGCAGAACACUCUAUUUUUGAUGAGGAAUGUCCUGCUGAUGAGACUGAGCCACUAAAGGACUUCUAUGCUGAUGAUUGUAUAGAAAAUAUGAGGGAAGAUGGGGAAGUUGAGAGUGAUUCCAGCUGCUACAGGGUUCUAUCCAGUAAAACUCUUGCAGAUGUUGUUGAAGCACUGAUUGGGGUGUAUUAUGUUGAAGGCGGGGAAGUUGCUGCAAAUCACCUUAUGAAAUGGAUUGGGAUUCAGGUGGACAUUGACCCUCGUGACAUUCCAUGUCCAAAACCAUACAAUAUACCUGAAAGCAUUAUGAGGAGUGUUGACUUUGAUGCACUAGAAGGUGCACUUAAUGUGAAGUUCAGAGAUAGGGGCUUGCUCGUCGAAGCCAUUACACAUGCUUCGCGGCCCUCGUCUGGGGUUUCUUGUUAUCAACGACUGGAAUUUGUUGGUGAUGCUGUAUUGGACCAUCUGAUUACAAAACACCUGUUUUUCACAUACACUGACCUACCUCCUGGACGCCUGACAGACUUGCGUGCUGCUGCCGUUAAUAAUGAGAACUUUGCCCGUGUUGCUGUCAAGCACAAGCUGCAUGUGCAUCUUCGUCAUGGUUCGAGUGCCCUGGAAGCACAGAUACGGGACUUUGUGAAGGAUGUCCAAGAUGAAUUAUCGAGAACAGGUUUCAACUAUUUUGGUCUUGGAGAUUGCAAGGCUCCCAAAGUCCUUGGGGACAUUGUUGAGUCUAUUGCUGGUGCCAUUUUUCUGGACAACGAGCAUGAUGCAUCAAUCGUCUGGAAGGUCUUCCAACCCUUAUUGCAUCCGAUGGUCACUCCUGAAACCCUUCCAAUGCAUCCAGUGAGGGAACUUCAAGAACGAUGCCAGCAACAGGCAGAAGGUUUAGAAUACAAAGCCACACGGACAGGUAACAUAGCAACCGUUGAAGUUUUCAUUGAUGGGGUUCAGAUUGGCAUAGCCCAAAACCCACAGAAGAAGAUGGCACAAAAGUUGGCUGCAAGGAAUGCGUUGGUAGUCUUGAAGGAGAAGGAAAAAGAGAAUGCAAUAGCCAAGGAUAUGGACAAAAAUGGAGAGAGGAAGAAUGGUAUUCAAAUCUUCACUAGGCAAACUCUUAAUGACAUAUGUUUAAGAAGGCAGUGGCCCAUGCCUCAGUACCGUUGUGUUAAUGAAGGUGGUCCUGCUCAUGCAAAACGAUUUGUCUAUGCAGUCCGAGUUAAUACAUCCGAUCGUGGUUGGACCGAUGAGUGCAUUGGAGAACCUAUGCCCAGUGUUAAAAAGGCCAAGGACUCGGCUGCUACUCUUCUUCUUGAGCUUCUUAGCAGAUGCUAUCCCGAUAACAAAUAGAUGCUGUUGUGUAAAGCUAAUUGUUGAUGAGCAAGAAAAACAUGGGUCUUGAAAUUGCUGGGAUGUUGUAUGUUUGUAACAUUUUGUUGUUGCCAUUAGUGUAGACAAAAGUUGUUGCGGUCUUUUUACAUGGUGCCGAAAAAAGAACCACUCUAUAACCAAGUCACUUUGAGCAGACUGGAUUUUGUGCUUCAGCAUUUUCUCUGUCCCAUUCGGUGGAUAUUUAUUUAUAUGCAGCACACCUAAAUCAUGUUUA